GUUGUUGAGUAACCGAUUCCCUUUUUCAAAUCCUCACUCUUUGGACUUUCCUUUCUUUGUUCGCCUUUGUUUCCUGUCCGCCGCGGUUUUCAUUUAUUCGAAAGGAUCGCCGAGUUCUACUGCCAGUGAGAAAGUCACUCAGUGACUUCCUCUUGUUGACCCAAUAAAGUUUUUUUUAGUGCUCUUCACAGUAUUGUAUUGAUAUACUUUGCUUAGGCUUUAUUGAUACAAUAUUAGAAAGCACUUCCUUUUGCGGAUAUAAUUGUGUGAGCUGAUGAAGAUGGAUUGAGACAAGAUCUUAUAAUGAGGAAUCUACUAAUGGUCAUCUUUGUGUCCGGCUUUCUGCCACCUGCUUUGUUGCUCGCACAGAGAAAUGUUCUAUUUGCUUCUCUCUAUGAUGAUCAGAAUCUGGCAACAAGAAUCAACUGUCAGGUGGAGGAAGAACAGCAUUUUCGAUACGUCAGUGAAUCCUCACUCUGGGACUCGAUGGGAGGAAAGAUAUUCACAGAGGCAGACAUCCUUCUCCGCUGCCUCGGAGCUGAUUUGGACGGAAAAUAUGGAUCUGCAGCCCUCAAGUACAACGUCGAAAUCUCCAACUUAAAAAUGAGCGAAGGAACUCAAAGAAAGAGGAGAAAGAGGGGAGCAAGAGAUUUCUUCUCUAAUUCCUGGAAGAAAGUAAAAAACCUGUUCAACAGAUUACUCGGGCGAUGUCAUGAAGAUGUGGAGACGAAUCGCGCUUCUUCAUCAGGAGACGAUAUCAUUACAGACGAUGAACCAGACGAAGUGUCGGCAGCCGAGCUGUACACUGUCCCGUUCCAGUUGGUUCAGUUGGCAAACGGCAGCAUUCCCGAGAUUCGUUUUUCUGAGAAUGAAGUGGAGGACGGAAGAGUGAAGAACUUCAAGAGGCACCUGGCAGACGCUUUUGCCACUCGACUUCUUCUGCACCAUAGACAGGGGGAGGUGGAAAGGAGCGUCAUGGGAGAGCACACUUCCACUUACAACAUCAGCAUCUCUGGAAAUAAGAAAUCCAAUUACAAUGUGGCCGGUUUAACAUCUACCAGUCAGCCACCCGAGAUUGACAAAACUGUGAUUGUGGUAAACAAAAUGGUCACAACUGAUGACAUCGUCCGUUUUGCACCCAGCGAUGCCCUCAACGACAAGGAAAGGAUGGACCUCAGAUCCGAACAAAUGCAGAUGUUCAACGAUGGCAGAAUGACAGUCUGCCGAGGAAUAUCUACUCUUUCUAUGGUCACCAGCCACGGAGUGAAGAAGAGAAAGAAGCGAGGAGCGACCGAAGACGACGCCACUUUCUACAUACGUACUCAGACAUCAUUCGAUCUUCAGUUGAGAAGAAGACGUCGUCGUUCGGCGGAAGACCCAAUUAGGCGAGAAGAAAAACAUUAUUUUAAGGCUGCCAGCCGAGUAGCCGAAGUGGAAACAGAUUUACGGAAGAAAAAAAAGCAACUGUCUGACUUUCAAGAAUCCGUCGAUUUAAACUUCAUCUUGGAUGACCUGAUUAGCGGAAGGGAAAUGGACACAGACGACAACAAAAUACAAUCUCUGAGUGAACUUCUAAAACAAGAAAUCACUUUGAAUUUAGAUAAAGAAGAGAAUUCAUUGUGCAAUGCUAUUCGAAGAAAGUUCACUCUACAGAUUAUGAAAGAAAUGUGCGAUGCAAAUUUUUCUGUGUGCAAAGAUAAUUUGCAUUUGGUUGCUCUCGCAGGAAGUUCCCCGGCUGAGGAGAUAUUUCUACAUUUCCUUGGUAAAAGCAGCUCACUUGAAACGACACAUCAGCAGCAGAUCGUUGCAGAUAUUUUAUCAGACAUUUCUCGACCCUCCCCACAACUGCUGAUGAAGCUGGGCGAGAUUGUGUCCGGCGGAGAGAGUGCGGUGGGUGCCCUCCCGAUCAGCCUGGGGCACCUGGCCUCAUCAGCGGAGCCCGGUGUAAAAAACAGAAUAUCAGAUCUGUUCUCGGAUCUGCUUCUGGAUAAAGAAUGUGACGGGGAUCCUGAUUUGAUGGAUCUUCUAGAAGCCGUAGGAAAUCUGAAGUGUGAUCGGAUCACACCGCGUAUUCUGGAGGUGAGUCUGGCAAUUUUUUAAUUCCCUUUUAAGAUGGAUGAGUGAUUUCAUAGUGAAAAAUUUAGGUUCGAUUCCCAGUGGCCCAUCCAGCUUCAGAUAGACAGAUACGGAAGUAAAUGUUGCAACACCGCUCUUCUUAAAAUUGUAGAGCCUUCAACACACUAACGUUUCACUUCUUUUGAAAAGAAAAAAAUUAAGUGCUGAACAUAGAAGUGACAACUUCUUGAAGCUAGAGCAGAAGAGAACGAUUCUGUAUGAGGAAAAUUGCUUUUUUAUGUACUCACAUUCGAUGAUCUUUAGCCAGCUAUUGGCAAAAUAAACAACAGAUAACCACUUAUGAUAACAAUAGUUUUUUAAAGGCUUAUUACUACAUUUCCGCUCAUAUCGAAAUGAUCUUAUGCUUUACAAUUACUGAAAACGUGUCUUAUUUCAUGU